AUGUCUGCACUUCAAAAGAAUAUCAUGAAAAGUAAUCUCCCACCAAAAAUGCCACGAACAUCAGGAGAAACAAAGCUUGCUCCAUAUAGUGGCGGGCGAAAGCGAAAUUAUGCUCCAGUGUCAUGGAAUCAAUACUUUCAAAAAUCUGUUGAUUUGGAAACAGAGAGUGGAUCUUUCAGAGUUUAUUUAUCACCUGAACCUGAUCACCCACAAAGGCCGAGAAUAAUAACAUUACAUGGUGGAGGAUAUUCAGGACUCAGCUGGGCUCUUUUCACAGAGGAAAUUACAAACAUGAUUCAUUGUCAAGUUGUGUCACUGGAUAUUCGUGGUCAUGGAGAGACACAAGCUAAAAACCCUAACGAUUUAAGCAUUGAAACAUUAAUUAAAGAUGUAGAACAAGUGAUUCAUAAGUUAUAUGGUGAUGAUGAGUUACCACCUUUGAUCCUACUCGGACAUUCAAUGGGCGGUGCUAUUGCUGUGAGAGCGGCACAUUUGCCUGGCAUAGAGCCCUAUAUAUAUGGGGUAGCUGUUAUAGAUGUUGUUGAGGGUACAGCUAUGGAUGCCCUGGCCAGUAUGCAAAGUUUCCUCCGUGGCAGACCAACACAUUUCAAGAGUCUAGAGCAUGCUAUAGAGUGGUGUGUAAGAAGUGGUCAAGUACGGAAUGUUGAAUCAGCCAGGGUUUCAAUGCCUAGCCAAAUUGUCAACUGCACAACCAAUCAGCUGGCAAUAAACGAGGUUGACACGUACGUCAGUGAUGACGUCACGGAUGAAGUGGCGACUUGUACACGCGCUGACGUCAUACUUGAGGAGGGAGAAGGAGAGGGUGAGGGGGACGGAUUCGUCAGUCCUACUCCCGUUACUGGAGGAGCUAUGAAAUAUCGUUGGCGAGUGGAUUUGUCAAAAACAGAACAACAUUGGUCGGGAUGGUUUUCUGGGUUAUCGAACUCGUUCCUAACGACGCGUGCGCCAAGGCUAUUGCUACUCGCUUCUGUGGAUGGACUUGACAGAGAAUUGACUGUUGGACAGAUGCAAGGAAAAUUUCAAAUGCAAGUCCUUACGAGAUGCGGUCACGCCGUGCACGAAGAUUCACCCGCUGAGGUGGCGAGAGUUCUAGCGUCAUUUUUACUCCGGCAUCGGCUGACGUCAGCGACGGACGAAGGAGAAAAUAUGCAACUAGGUUCUACACCCGGGUGUUAA